CACGUUUGUAUCGACAAUUGUCGUAGAAAAAGGAGGGUGGGGUCAUACGAGCUACGAUAUAAAGAAGAACCUGAAGACGACACGACAUCAGUCGAUGACCAGCAGUUGAUCCGUGCAACGCAACCAUGUUCCACAAGUUCGGUCUAUUCUUCGCCCUAGCGGCAGCCGUCAACGCCGGAGUGAUUCCCGUCGCUCCUGCGGGACCGGCGCUUGCGAGAAUCGAGGACUUCGACCCGGCGCCCCAAUACUCCUUCGCCUACGACGUCCAGGACUCCCUCACCGGCGACUCCAAAGCCCAGUACGAAACGAGGAACGGCGACAUCGUUCAGGGCAGCUACUCCCUCAUAGAACCCGACGGCGUCCGUCGCAUCGUCGACUACACGGCCGACCCCGUCAACGGAUUCAACGCCGUAGUGAGCCGGGAACCUUCGGCCGCCCUCGCGGUGGCUCCCGUCGUCGCCAGAGCGUCGCCCGUCGUCGCUGCCGCUCCAGCUGCGGUUAUCGCGAAAGCAUCUCCGCUCGUGGCUGCCGCUCCCGUGGCGGCCGCGCCCGUCGUCGCAAGGGGCGCGGCGCCCUUCGUUUCAGCGCCGGUUGCCCCGUUGGCUUCGGCGCCGAUCGUCGCUAGGGCGUCGCCGGUCUUCGCCCCCGCGCCCCUCGCCUACACCGCACCCGUCGCUGCCCAGCUGGCCUACAGCGCCCCGUUUGGAUUUCCACCUGUCGCCAAAGUCGGAAGUCCCGUGGGUGUUGCCGCCGCGCCAACCGUUGCCAGGCUUACCGCCCCACUGACCUACGCCGCCGCUGGAUACGCGAUAUAAUUAUGUAAUUCUGUUAUAAGCUCAGCGCUUUUUCUUACAAUGAGAAGAGAAAUAAAAUUGAUCGAGUAACCUGUA